GGAAAGAAAAAAAUAAGGGGUGAAAUUUCAAAAUCAUUUUGACUAUAAAUAUUAAGGUGGGUUUUGAGACAAAACUCCGAUUAGUGUUGUAAUGGUCUGAUCAAAUGGCGGACGAUCUUCCUUCCCACCAAGCCCAUGUUCCAUUGCCUUUGGACCCAGGUGGGUUAGUUUCAGAUGAUGCUACACUGGUACCAAUUCAUAUUGUCACCGAAGCUUCGCAACUUCCUGUGGAGUUCCUAAAACCCUGUCCUCAAACAAAGCUAGUAAUUGGUUUCGAUUGUGAGGGUGUUGAUCUGUGUCGUUAUGGAGCUCUUUGUAUCAUGCAGCUGGCAUUUCCUGAUGCUAUAUAUCUUGUGGACGCCAUAGAAGGUGGAGACAUGCUCAUAGAAGCAUGUAAGCCUGCUCUUGAAUCUAGAUACAUCACUAAAGUUAUACAUGACUGCAAACGUGAUAGUGAGGCAUUGUAUUUCCAGUUUGGCAUCAAGUUACAUAAUGUCAUGGACACCCAGAUUGCAUAUUCCUUGAUUGAAGUACAGGAAGGACGACCAAGAGUGCCUGACGACUACAUCUCGUUUGUUUCUCUUCUUGCAGAUCCACGCUAUUGUGGAAUAUCUUAUCUUGAAAAGGAGGAGGUUCGUGUACUAUUGAGGCAGGAUCCGAACUUCUGGAAAUACAGACCAUUAUCUGAACUCAUGAUCCGUGCAGCUGCUGAUGAUGUCCGUUUCUUGCUUUACAUCUAUCACAAAUUGACGGAAAAACUGAAUGCUCAAUCCCUGUGGAGCCUUGCAAUUCGUGGUGAACUGUAUUGUCGUUGUUUCUGUAUCAGUGACAAUGAUUUUUCUGAUUGGCCGGAUCUGCCUCCCAUUCCAGAUGACGUAGCUAUGGACACUGAACCUCCUGAAGAAGAAAUCCUUUCUGUUCUUAAUGUUCCACCUGGCAAAAUGGGACGUGUGAUAGGCAAGAAAGGAGCUUCGAUUUUGUCAAUCAAGAAAUCAUGCAAAAUCUCUUCUUACUUAGUUGUAUAUGCUAUCGAUCUGCAGUGCAGAGAUUCUUAUUGGAGGCUCGAAGGGUCCCCCAGAUAAGGUUUUCAUCAUUGGUCCAGUGAAACAAGUGAGGAAAGCAGAGGCCAUGUUAAGGGGAACAAUGCUGGACAUGUAAUGGGGAAAAAUAGAAAGAAAGUCUCAGAUGCUUUGGUUUGUACUGAUACCAUUGCAAUUAUAAUAAAUGAAACAUUUUAAGAUAGUUUA